UGGAAGGAUGCUUUAGUUCAGAGAUUGUGUCGAGGAUGCAGGGAUAAAUGUUAGCGGUGGUUUAAGAUUUGAUGUAUCUACUAGAUGGAAUAGCACUUAUUUGAUGCUUGAAAGUGCCUUGCAAUAUAGGAAAGCUUUUGAGUUUUAUAAGGUGGCGGAUAGAAGCUAUAAAUAUUGUCCAUCUGAUGAGGAAUGGGAAAAAGGGGAAAGGAUUUGUGAGUUUUUAGAACCUUUUUAUGAAAUUACCAAAUUGAUUUCUGGUUCAUCUUAUCCAACUGCAAAUCUGUAUUUCAUGCAAGUGUGGAAAGUCCAGUGCAUUUUAGAAAAACAUCAAAAAAGUAUUGAUAAGGUGAUAAAAGAUAUGUCUAAUAAUAUGAAAAUGAAAUUUGACAAAUACUGGAAAAACUAUAGUAUUGUGCUAGCAUUUGGAGCUAUUCUUGAUCCACGCUUGAAGGAUAAAUUUUUGAAGUUUUGCUAUACUACACUUGAUGCCUCAACCUCUGAAGGGAAACUUAAGAAUGUAAUGGAUAAAUUCAAAGGGCUUUAUGAAGAAUAUGUGAGUUAUUCUACCAAUCAAAGUGUUUCUCUUUCUCAACCAUCUAAUGAGUUCAACACAUUGGCUAAGCUAUCUAGAGAGGGGAAUAAAGCUAAAAAAUCAAAGAUUAUAACCGAUUUUAAAACAUGGAACUCGAUUGAGAGUAGGUUUGUUCUUGGAAAGAAUGAAUUAGAUAUAUACUUUGACGAUGAAUUACUGGAGCUAAAUGAAGAACACUCUGAAGAUUUUGAUGUACUUCUUUAUUGGAAGUUUAAUGAGAAAAAGUUUCUGAUACUCUCCAUAAUGGCACGCGAUGUGCUUAGCAUUCCUAUCACGACUGUAGCAUCUGAGUCUUCUUUCAGUAUCGGUGGACGUGUUCUUACGAAAUACAGAAGUUCUACUCUUCCUGAACACAUCCAAAUGUUGAUUUGUACUCGAAGCUGGUUGCAUGGAUUUUCGGAAAAUAUGAAUGAUGAGGAAGAUAUCAACACUAAUGAUGAAGGCAAUACUGAGGUGACAAUGACUCAACAUACAUUUGGAUUGCAAGAUUGAAGUGGAAGACUAAUUUUAGUGCCAUAUACUUUAUUCUGGUUGUUGAAUUUAUCUUUUCAUGUUUUUUUUGGUUGAAUUAGUGUCUUUGUUUAUGUGAUAUGUGGUUCAUGUUUGUAUUGAUUUACUUCAAUUUCGAAUGUUGAAUGUCCGGAGUAUCGACAUAUAUCUUUCAGUGAUAUGUUUACAUAGUAUUUUUCGUGAAUUGAGAUGGAUAA